CGUGCGCGAGGAGCUGGCGCGGCUGGAGCGGCGCCGGCGCGCCUCACCGCUGGAGCGGAACCUCGGCUACCCGCUGGUGAUGCUGGCGCUGCUGGCGCUGACGGCCGCCGCCGAGUUCAUGGUGCUGCGGAACUCGGUGGAGCUGCUGGUCGGCGUCAAGGCGCUACCACUCAGCACGCAGCAGGUGACGCUCGGCAUCACGUCGCUGUCGGCCCUGGGUCCGGUGGGCGCCGCCCUGGAGAUCGUGCUCAUCGGCUACUUCCUGCUGACCUCGCUGGUCGGCUUCUACUCGCUGCCGGCGUUUAGUCGGCUACGGCCGGCGGUGGCCGACACCCCGCUGCCGGCGCUGAUCGCCAACUGCGCCGUCAUGCUGGUCAUCUCGUCGGCGCUGCCGCUGCUCAUCCGCACGCUCGGCAUCACCAACUUUGACCUGCUCGGACACUACGGCAAGGUGCGCUGGCUGGGCGACUUCUACAUCGUCUUCUUCUACAACAUCGUGUUCGCCGUGGCGUCGGCGCUGUGCCUGGUGAACAAGUUCACGGCGUCGGUGCGGCAGGCGCUGUUCCGGCGGCUGGCGGCGCUGCGGCGGAGCCUGCAGGCCGACCGGUCCGCGCUGCGCCGGCGCGACGCCUCCGGCUCGGCGGCGGCCGCUCCGGCCGGCGCGCCGCAGAAGCCGCCGCCGCCCGGCUGACGGGCGGCCGGGCUGGGCAGGGCGCGGCGGCGGCCGUGGAGGGGUGACAGGUGCGCCUGGUGGGAGAAGGAGGGGAGAGGCAGAAACGGCUGGUAUUUCGUCAGGAGUCUUUGGCACUGGAAGGAGCCGCAUAUGCUCCGGUAGGAGGCGCUUGUGUGCUGGGAUGAGUGGGUGGGUUCUUGAGGAAUGAUUCAUGCGAUGUGGAGCUUGGCUCGUGCAGGGAUUGCGUGUGCGCCACACAUCCCGGGCGUUUGGCGUCUCCCGGAGGGGGGGGGGGGGCGAUUGCGCCAUGUUGAAGGGAGCCUCGUGGUCGCGGGAGCAUGCUGACCGUGGUGUAUCGCGAAUGGCGAGAGCGGACUCAGCGAGCCUUGCGACGUCUCCGCUGGGAGGCGCGGUCGAAGCUCAGCAAGUCAGAAGUCGAGAGGGAAGACGGUCGGACGGCCGCGCCGCUGUGGCGCCUGCGCCGGCCGCUGGAGACGGAGCUCUCUGUGGCGGCCGGCCGG